AGCAAAUGACCGAGAGUACAGUGGCCGUGAAGCUUCACGAAACUAGUAUGACAACAAUUUGGAUCUGUUGGUGAAAAAGACUGACUUCAAUUGGUCGAGUCAAGUCAAGUCAAGAGCAUGCAGAUGUGGGAAAAGUUCUUGAAAAUAAACCAUGAGUCCUGCUGCAGAUAACCCCUUCGUCUUCACAUUCAAACUCAACAAUGUCCUCAUCAAUGUUUUGGGAAACGUCUUCUUAAGGCUUACCAUCUCGGCUUCAUCCAGGAAGGAUUUGGUAAAGGAGGUCGUCUACCAAUCAGGAGAGUCUGAAGAAGAGGUCAAAGAUCACAUUUUCAUCACUGAUGUUGUGACAAUAUCUUCAGAGAACCAGGAUGGAUACAUCUCAUUUGCCAAAAAUAAUGUCACGUUUUAUUUGCCCAAAGACUUAUGCCAAAAUGGAAAAGGAAAAGAAGUGACCCUUGAGAUAGCAGCCUAUGAUCAGACAGAGAACAAGAAGAUAGCUGUGUCCUCAUUCCUCAUUUAUCCAAGGGGAAAGAAAAGCUUAGAUGCAGGGACCAGUGAGGAGAUCUACAGGCAAUCAGGAGAACUGUUACUCGUCACUAAACUUCCAGAGGAAUCCAUUCUCGUCCAGCUUGGAAUAGUGAAAUAUGAAGCUAGUCUUCGAUCGCAAGAGCUUCCCUCACCUAUCCCCUCCACCCCGUCCCCUCUCCCCUCCCCUACUAUGGUUCCAACCCCUCAGCCGGAACCCCUGCCAGAAGACCGGCCAGAACCUCCCCCUGUGGCUUUACCAGAACCAGAGCCGGAACCAGUACUCAGGCAGCGCACCCCCACCCCUCCUCCUGUGCCACCUGUGGUGACCUUUGACCCUCCAAAGCGUAGAGAACCUAGCAGACCAUCGGGUAUGGUAGCACUACCCAACCAGGAGGAGGUGGUGGUGGUUGUGCAUGCUGCCAGUGGGUUGUCUGCCCUGCGAGACAACUCUACCCCUCGACCUUAUGUACUAGGGAAGAUUCUUCCAGGUUCUUCCAAGGGCAGGGCAGCUGUACCUCAUACCCAGACCCCUUGGCAGAGCACCCAUUCUACCGUUGCUCCUACCAUGAGUCCUAUAUGGGAGGAGGUGAUAUGCUGUAAGAUCCCGGCUUCUGAUAGUUCCUCAACUCAGUCUGAUGUUCUGACAUUGAAGAUUGUUGAUCAACCUACCAAGACUGAUAUCUCGACCUUUGAACUUUCGCUGGCUCUGCUUGAACCAUUUCAUCAUUAUCACUUAGACCUAGUACAGGCUGUACCUUUAUCACCCAGUGCAAUUCAUCUCUACAUCACUAUCUAUCGCAAGCUGAGCAUGCUACCAGAAUGUGGAGAUUUCUCCUUCCAUGGUCUGGAAGUAAGACUAGUAUCCUUGGACCGUCGUCUGUACGAUGCUAUGGGCUCCAUCAUGGCUGUCACCAAGAUUGUUCCUGACUACCAGAAGUACAGAGAUGCUUUUCGAGAGCAUACCCACCUGCUGAGUGUGGAGCCCUUGGUAGUGGAGAUGCCCGUCCCACAUCCCUCCUCAUUCCUGACAUCAACCAGGGGGAAGCAUCAGGGUUAUUCACAGCUUUGGCUAGCAGAUGUUUCAGAUAAUAUGCAGUGGGAUCACUCCUUUGUCUUCUGUCAUGAGAGAGAGCUAGCGUCCAUGUUUGUCAGUACAGCUGCUGUGGUUAUUGAGCUGUAUGAUGUCAACUCAGCCUUUGAUGGCACGAGGUGGCACCCUCACAGACCCAUUGGUUUUGCUGUGGUUCUCUUGGAUAACAGGGUUUAUAAUGCUCUGACCAACGACAGAGGGAAGUUAGGGGUCAGGAUUCCUAAUGUACCUCUUCAGAUGUGUGUUCUACCAACUCAUGGCAAGAAAACUCCCUCACUCUCUCUUGCACUCAGGCUACUUACAUCUCGGGUCCCAGAUUCUUUGCCCUCUGUGUCCAAAUUGGACACCCUUCCGUCCGUGGAUGGUUUUACAUCUCCUGAAACUCCCGAAGAUCUUCUACCCCCAAUCGAACCAACCUGGGGAGGCUUGAACCCUGAACCUGCAUAUUCUCCACCCACCACACCUUUGCCCCAACCUCUCUAUGAUUUGGUGAUCAUAGAUACCAGGAAAAAACUGUCCUUGAAAGAUGAUGAUCUCCCACCCAGUGAUGCUCUUCAGAAUCUUCUGGAUUCCAAUCCACAAGACCGCUUGGUUCAGCCUGGGGAGAAGCCUACAUCCACCAAGGGACUGAUACCCACCAGGCUUCCUCCUCCUUCAGAUAAUAAGCCACAAUCAAGAGAGCCGAAAUCACCUGUCGGUGGUAGUCAAAAUGAUCAGACACUUAUGAACCUGAUCGACUCGCAGCAACGAGAGAUUGAGAGCUAUCGACAAGCCAUGAAGAGGAUGGGUGAGGAAGUGAUCAAGCAGCAGGAUGCCCUCACAAGGUUAGAGACAGACAACUCACGUCUCCGUCAGCAAGCCAACAUGUACGAGGAUACGACCAGGGCGAUGGUGACUGAUGCUAAGCUGGAGGGUAUGAGCAAGGCAGAGAUGCUUGAGAAAUACGUGACAUUGAAGAGGUCCCUCUCUAAACAGGUAGCAGAAGCAGCAAACUACAGAGAAAAACUCCUUCAUGCUCAGAACGACCUUAUCAAGCACAAUGACAGGGAGAAGCAUUACCUAGACCAGCAGGAGGCCUCACUGUCACAGUCUAAGCUCCUGCAGGAGAGGCAGGGGAAGGUGGUGAAGCUGGAGCAGGCUUGCAGGGAGCAGGAGAAAGCCCUAGAGAAGAUGGACCGAGCAUUGAAAGCCAAACAAGGCAAGCAAGGGGUCCGCUUUAAAGAAGAAUCCCAAGAGACGGCAGCACUAGCAGCUGAGAAUGCCAGAUUGAAAGCAGAACUAGAACACAUGAAAGCUCUCUCUGCUUCUCAGCCUAGGGGAGGUUCCGCAAAUGAAGCUGAGAAGCUCAGGAUGCAGUUCAUGUUGGAGAGAACCGAGGGUAGAGUGUCAUCAUUAGAAAAAGAGCUACUGGAUAAAGCCAAAGAGUGGGGCAAAGAGAAGGCUAGCAUAUCACUGAGAUCCGAUGAUUCCCUAAGACAACGCUCGUUACCUCCCCUGCCAUAUUAUGACAGAGGAAAACCCCGGCAGGACUACAAUGAUGCAUACACAGAUAGAUCGUAUGAUGCCAGAAGACCUAGACUGGGAUAUGGGACCCCAACAAGACUAAGUCCUCUCUACUAGACCAACAUCAGUGCCUCUCUCCUAGUCCAUGCAAGCUCAUUACCCAACCCUAACCUUAAACCUAAGCUAAUACCCGAUUGCGACCCAGAUUCUUACCCAAUAGUUUUGAUAAAAUGAAGCCUUGAGAUAUUUUCACUCUGGUAUUUGUUGGAGCUUCGUUGUUUCAUCAUGAAAAUGUGGAGGAGUUAUAUUUAUUGUAAUUGUUUAGUUCACAGUGCCUGGUGAAGUAUUUCCACUAUGACAUCACAUAUACCGGUAGUGGCUGAAUUUCUGAUGGGAGGAUCUCCAUGUCAACAGUAAUUGAACAAUGCUGGAACCCUUGGAAUUAUAUCUUUGUUAUUGGUAGUUGUGGGUUCGAACCCCGGCCGCGUCAUACCAAAAAGACGUUAAAAGACUGGAGUUGCUGCUACCUUGUUUGGCGUUCAACAAUAAGGGAUAGAGCAACGUCGAUCUGGCCCUGCUCAGUGGCUGCCGGGCUAACGAUCAAUUGGGCAAAAAGAAUUUCCAUUUUCGGUUUUACUUAAUAAAAUUUGGACUUAAAAAGAUUAUUAUUAUUAUUAUUAUUAUUAUUAUUAUUAUAAUGGUUGAAGCACUAGCAGAUUGAUAGUAUGAUAGUAAGCUGUAAUAUGUUAAACAUGUAUUCAGAUGAUGCCAUCCAAGGUAAUGCUUCUUCUUGGUGCUUGAAAAAGAAUAAAAUCCGUCCAAACAGCAUCUUCUUUCCAAGAUUGCAGUUCAUAAGUUUAUUUUAGUAUGUUUAGUAAAAACAUUUUAUACCUCCGGUCAACUCAUCAAUGAAACAUACAUCUCUUUUCCUUCUUAUUUGUAGCUUGUAUGUACGUAAAGGUACUAUAAUUUGUUACAGUUCAUUCAAAAUUAUUGAUAGUGUGCUAUAUAUAACGAUUUCACUUCUUUGACUUUGAAGUAUUUGGCAAGUGCACAACGGAAGUCAUAUAUAUAUGUACAAAUUAACAAGUGUGGGGAAAAGUUCACUGAAGUAUAUUUUGUGAAGUAUAUAUAUUUUGCUUCUCCACUUCUUAUUUACUUUAUAGAGUAGUAACAAGUCGUGCUGUUUAAUAAUAUGUGCUUAUAAUGGUCUUGCCAGUAUAUGCGAUUUAAUGUUUUUGUAUAUGAAUGUAUAUACCAUAGAUUUAUAGUUGUAUAAUUGUGAAUAUGAAAUUAUGCUGUUGACCUAAGGUUUAUUUACAGAACAGAGUUAUAUAUUUCUUACAUCAAAAUUAGAUGAAGUCAUAAAUUUGUUCACAUUUAUAAACAAUAAUCAAAUACUUCAUGAUGUGGCAUAAGAGCAAAAAUUAUUGAUUGAGUUAUGGUGUGUAUUUGAAUCAAAUAACGACCACAUUAAUUUUUACUUUUUUUUAGUAGAGCUUCAAAUCCAGAUUUUAAAAAAGAUAUGUGGAUAAGUUUUAAUCUUUAUGUUAUCUAUGACAUACGUUAAUGUAAGCAAAACAUAUGAAUAAACUGAAAUUAAUUAUAUGAGUAAAAUGUA